UGGGUUUGUCCAAUUAGUGUGUAGGUGGAGCACAAACCGACUGCAGAGCGACAACAGACGGACUGACACACGGGUCUCUUCUUUUUUUGUAGUUUUCAGUUCCCGGACGCGGAGAAAAAUAGUUUGCGAGUAGUUGUGGAAAGUUACAGAUACAUUACUGUUCUAAUCUGAUGCUGGUGGAAGAAGAUUUCCUAAUGAUUGAAGUGUCGAUACCAUCGAUGGAGAGGGAAGUGGAUGACUCGGGAAAGUCUAAAAAGCUUUUCAGGGUGGAAGUCUUGUUUAAUGGGAGGAAACAUUAUGUGCUCAGAAGAAACAGUGAAUUCCAGACUCUGCACAGAAAACUCAGGAAGAUCAUCCAGACUCCUGAUUUCCCGAGUAAAAGGAAUCAGCACCUGAGGACCAAACCUCCCGAGCAGAGGAGGCAGGAGCUGGAAGAUUAUAUCCAGGACAUCAUCUAUCAGGACGAAGACGUGCCGCAGGUGCUGCUGGAUUUCCUCCACCUUAAACACUUUCACACGGUGAACAAGAUCAGCAGCGUGGAAUCACUUGAUGAACUGGACAGUCAGGAUUACAGUUAUCAGUUACCACAUCAGCGAGUGCUGGGAUUUUUUCAUGAUCCUUAUCUCUCCAAUGGCACAUCAGGUCUCCCAGAUGUGGUUGUGGACGGGGUUCUUCAGGGUUUUUACCCCCGGGACGUCAGAGUCAGCUUCACUGCCCCCACUCUCACCGAGCCCACUUCUAUAGAGGGCUGAGAUUAUAAACAUAGUUUUUAAGAUUAUAUAUAUGUAUAUGUGAAAAUAUAGAACAUACAAUAAUGCCAGUAAGACUGAUUCAUUACAAGCUUGUAGUGUACACUUGUAAGAAAAAUGAGGCCUGAAAUAGGUCACUUGGAGGCUGCCUUUGUCCAAAAUGUCCUACAAAACCAUGAAUACUAUUGUUUGGUUGGUCCCAGUGGGACUGAAACCAGUUACUCAGACUUUGUUGUUCUGCUGCUUCAUAUGUUGUUACAGCGGAACUUAGAUUUGUUUGCAGAAGUAGUCGAACUCAUUCAGUCGGUGUUUUUAUACAUGAAGCUGUCUGUUAGUUUAAAUGACAUACAAACUGUUUUUAUAAUUUUAUUCAUACUGUGGCUCAAUUUAAUUUUUAACUGAAAUGUCACUGCGGGAGUGUUGAAAAUCACUUGAAAAGAUUAGUUUUUAAUAUAUACUUGUUUACCUUUUUGUCAAAGUUUGUCUCAUUUGAUAAAGACUCUCAAGGCCGACCAAGAGCGUCCAGUUUCUUACAUCCUCUCUUAAUGGUAAUUCAGAGUUUAUUGAGGCUAAUGCCAGUUACGUUUGUUACAGUAAGUCAAACACAACCUGCCUUAAACCUCUUAUACCAAUACUGGUGCAGAGGUUAUAACACUUGUGAUAUUUUAAAGCACUUGUAUGAUGGAGUUGUGUAUAUAUAUAUACUGUUUUUUUUAUCAUGUAUAUGUUGAAAUUUUAAUAAAGGAGGAAACAUGA